AUGCGUGACGGACAUGUGCCUGUACUCAAGUACAAAGACAAGACAUGUACAGUGGUCGGUGUCUAUGCGGAUGAUCUGUUGGUCACAGGCACCGAGAAAAGCGCUGUAAACGCGUUUUCCGCUGAGGUGAGCUUAUUGUCUAUCAAGGACCUAGUGGUCGUGAACAAGUUCCUGGGAUUACGAAUUCAACUGGACGGGUCGAAUGGUUCCGUACUGGAUCAAGAGGUCACGAUCGACCUGUUGCUAAAGGAGUUCGGUAUGGAGUCAGCGAAUGGAGUGCGGACUCCUACUGGAGACGAACGCAAUGAGGAUAACGAAGAUGAUCUGGACUAUUUACCUACUAGGAGCGCAAAGUGUGAUUCAAGUGUUAAGACGUUCCAGUCGCUGGUGGGAAGCUUGCUAUGGAUCGAAAGGUGCAAACGUCCAGACAUUUGCUUCGCAGUGCAUAAAGCCACGAGACAGACACACAAGCCGACGUCCAAGGACUGGAAAACAUCCAAGCGUAUCUUGAGAUACUUGAAGAUAUCGAAGGGUUUAAAGUUUCAUCUAAAUGGUGUUGGAUCAACGACAGAAGACAUCCGAAUCGAGUGUUGGAGCGAUGCCGAUUUUGCUGCAGACAAGGCCGACAGUAAGUCAGGGUCAGGAUGUGUACUCACGAUGGAUAGUGCUGUUUUUCUGUGGUAA